AAUGCACGACGGUGUGCAACACAUACACACAUCAUCACGUGACGAGUAGAGUUGGGAAGAGGUGGCGCCAUGAUGGACGGACUGGAUGACAGCCCUGACUUGUUGGCUGAAGACGAAAACAAGCCACGGACAGAGAGUGUGGAUCUUACAAAAGAUGACACCUUAAGCAUUGACAUCUCAGAUGCCCUGAGUGAGAGGGAUCGGGUCAAAUUUACUGUUCACACCAAGACAACACUGCCUGACUUCAGAGAGAGUGAAUUCUCGGUUGUACGACAGCAUGAAGAGUUUAUCUGGCUUCAUGACAGGUUCGUCGAAAAUGAAGAGUACGGAGGAUACAUCAUCCCUCCUGCCCCACCGAGACCCGACUUUGAUGCCUCCCGUGAGAAGUUACAGAAACUUGGGGAGGGAGAGGGCACCAUGACCAAGGAGGAGUUCACCAAGAUGAAACAAGAACUGGAGGCUGAAUACCUGGCCACCUUCAAGAAGACUGUAGCGAUGCAUGAGGUGUUUCUACAGCGUCUGGCGGCUCACCCUGCCUUCAGGAAGGACACCAACUUCAGAGUCUUCCUGGAGUAUGACCAGGAUUUGAGCGUGCGUCUGAAGAACAAGAAGGAGAAGCUUGGCUGGUUCAUCAAGUCCAUGUCACAGUCUGUGGAUGAAGUGCUGCUGUCCAACCAGAAGGAUGCAGACGAGUUCUUUGAGCAGGAGAAAGGCUUCCUGGUAGAAUAUCACAACAGGAUUGCCCAGUCGACAAAGUGUGCUGACAGGAUGACAAAAAUGCACAAAAGUGUGGCAGACAGCUACAUAAAACUGUCCACAGGUCUGGGCAGCCUGGCAACAUGUGAGAACACUGAGCUGGACAAUUACCUACCUUCCAGUGUCAGGGGGGCAAGUAAAGAGACAACCAAGGUCUUCAAUAAAGUGUCUGAGUGCUUUGAGAAAUCUAGGAAACUGGAAGCCAGAGUAUCAUCUGAUGAAGAUUUGAAGUUGUCUGACACUCUUCGGUACUACCUUAGGGACACAUCUGCUGCAAAGGACUUGCUGUAUCGACGGACUAGAGCCCUUGCAGAUUAUGAGAAUGCCAACAAAGACUUGGAUAAAGCCAGAGCAAAGAACAGGAACGUGCAACAGGAGGUUGCUGUUGCUGAACAAGCACAACAACGUGCAUGUGAGAAGUAUGAACACCUUUCUGAACUGGCAAAAUCAGAGCUGCAAGACUUUAAGAAGAGGAGAGUUGGAGCUUUCCGCAAGAAUUUGGUGGAGCUUGCAGAACUAGAGAUCAAGCAUGCAAAGGCAUUGAACCAACUCUACAGAAACUGCAUAGCACAGUUGAAGGAGGAAGGAAGGGGGGCAAAAGCCCAGCCCCAGUGAGAAAACCCCUCCACUUUAAAUUGCAGUAUAUCCCGUCAUGUAGUCACAAAGGGGUAGGAUGAUUUUGUACAGAGCUUAGCAAGAACAUUCCUAAUGAAUAUUUUAUAAUUGAGCUAUUGUGAGAUGAGAUGCUUAACAGACAUAUGGGAAUGUGUCGCAUUUGUGUAACAUCCUAUAAUUUUGAUCUUUACAAAGAUAGGUAAAUGGAUUUUUGUAGUCUGAUUUCUUCAAGUUGUGGUAGUAAUGAUAAUAAUUCAAAUGUAAGAAUCAGAUUUGAAGCUAAUUAUGAUUGAUUGAUGACUUUAAAACUAUGAUUUCGUGUCUAGAAAUGUAUCAUUCCUUCUGCAAGAGACAUUCUACUGCCCAGUUAGGUGUGUAGUAUAGUCAGUGUGGUGCACAGACCUCUUACUCAGUCACCACAGAUCUUCCUAGGUGGUGAAGGUAACUUUUUGUAUGGGGGUGGAUGAUAGACACACAUAAUGCACAGUCAAGUACAUGUUACUGCCUCUUAACUGGUUAAGCCAAGGAGCAUCCCUUAACAUAUUACAUUACUGGGAGUUCCUCAUGAUCAAAAGCCUCUACUUACCAGUUAGUGUUCUUUUCUUUUUUUUCCGAAAAAAUAUAAGUCUGAAUUUUGCCGCAGCAAUUUGAGUUUCACUAUGGGAAACCUAACCUUUGAGCAUUACAAAGGAUGUCACUAGGCUUGAAUAUUUUGUGGCCAUCAAAUUACUGAAAAUGUACUUUUUCAAUACCAGAGCAGGCCUGUAUGUAGAAUCUGCUGGUAUAUAUGAACUUGACAUAACUUGAUUUCAGCAAAGAAUGUUUGUAAAGAGAAUACAGUCCCUUGUCUGUGGUCCAGUUACUCUGCUUUGAGAUCCUCACACCAAUCACACUUUGUCCUAGUUGCUGGCUUUUUGCAUCAUGUGUACUUCAUAGCUACACUACAUGGAAAAGACUUGUAUUCACAUUAAAAGAAAAAGCCAAUAAAAGCAAAAAAAA